CAGCUGCUAGGUGAGGGGGGACUGCAGGGCCUCAGUUGCCAAGUGGCUGGUAGUGUCUGUCAGCUGUUUGCACACUGUUUACCCAUAGGGGAUCUAUUACAAGUGCUCCAAUGAACCAGCAGCUUCCUGGGAGCUGCAAUUACAUAAGCAUAUAUUUUUAAUAUAAUAAUAAUUAAAAAGCAAGUAGCAGCAGCGGUAUGCCUGGAUCAGCCACAGCUAUCCGACAAGAGAGACUGAAGAAGACCAGUGCAAGGCCAAUUCCCCUUGGUUUAUUCACCAUUAAUGAGGAAGAUGAACAGCCCAAGAAUGGAAAUUCCAGAAGACCGAAAGCGCCUGAGAGCUAUAAAGUGCAAGAUAAGAAAACUGCCCCCAGCCGCCUCUCCACUACUAUUUCAGGACAAAAUAGCAGCCACUCAGGAAAUAAACCAGACCCUCCACCUGUGCUACGGGUUGAUGACCGGCAGCGGCUGGCCCGGGAGCGACGCGAGGAACGGGAAAAGCAGCUAGCUGCACGAGAAAUCGUCUGGCUGGAAAGAGAAGAGCGAGCCAGGCUGCACUAUGAGAAGCACCUGGAGGAGCGGAAGAAGAGGCUAGAGGAACAGCGGCUGAAGGAGGAGCGGAGGAGGGCUGCGGUGGAGGAAAAGCGAAGGCAGAGGCUGGAGGAGGAUAAGGAACGUCUUGAGGCUGUCGUCCGGCGGACGAUGGAAAGGAGUCAGAAACCCAGACAGAAGUACAACCGGUGGUCCUGGGGAGGCCCUCUCCACGGGAGCCCCCGCCCCCACAGCUCAGAUCCAGACAGGCGGUCAGUUUCCACCAUGAAUCUUUCGAAACAUGUUGAUCCCGUCAUUAGCAAGCGGCUCUCCUCCUCAUCAGCAACUUUGCUAAAUUCUCCAGAUAGAGCUCGCCGCCUGCAGCUCAGCCCCUGGGAGAGCAACGUUGUUAACAGACUCCUGACGCCCACACAUUCGUUCCUGGCUAGAAGUAAAAGCACAGCUGCCUUGUCUGGAGAUGCAGCAUCUUGCAGCCCCAUCAUCAUGCCCUACAAAGCUGCACACUCUAGAAAUCCAGUGGAUCGACCCAAACUCUUUGUAACACCGCCCGAGGGCUCUGCGCGCAGGAGGACUGUUCAUGGCACCACGGGCCAUAAAAGAGACAGAGAAAAUAUACCCUUCCACCUUACGUCUGGUAUCCGAAGGGCUCUAUCUCCAGCUCACCCCAAAGCAAGAUCACCAGCUCCCUCCCGACUCUGGCUCCCCUCCAAGUCCUUCCCACACUUGCCUGGCACACCCCGACCGGCAUCCUCCUUGCCUCCUGGUUCGGUGAAAGCUGCCCCUGCUCAGGCCCGGCCCCCAUCCCCUGGCAACAUCCGCCCUAGCAAGAAAGAAGCCAAAGUGGAACCUGAGAAAAAAGACCCUGAGAGGGAACCUCAGACCGCUGCCAAUGAGCCCUCGCUGAGGGGCAGAGCACCGUUAGUGAAGGUUGCAGAAGCCACAGCUGAAGAGGCCACACCUGUGGAGCCCGAAGCUGACACAGCUGCUCCAGCGCAGGCGCCUACUCCGGCCCCGGCCCCGGCCCCAGCUCCAGCUCUGACUCCAGCUCCAGCUUCAGCUCCAGCUGCUGUCCCUGCCACACUCCCAGCCCCAGCUUCUGUCCCUGCUGCACCGUCCACUAUGACCACCAGUGCUGCUCCUAAGGUCUCCGCAGGCACCACGGACCCUGAAGAGGCCACACGGCUACUGGCUGAGAAGAGGCGGCUAGCCCGAGAGCAGAGAGAAAAAGAGGAAAGAGAGAAGAGGGAGAAAGAAGAGUUGGAAAGACAGAAGAAGGAGCAAUUGGCUCUCAGGGUGGCGGAGGAGCGGGCCCGCCGGGAGGAGGAGGCCCGCAGGCUGGAGGCUGAGCAGGCCCAGAAGGAGGAGCAGCUGCGCCUGGAGCGGGAGCGCGCGGAGAACGAGCGCGCCCAGAAGCAGAAGGAAGAAGAAGCCCGGGUUCGGGAGGAAGCUGAGAGGGUCCGGCAGGAACGGGAGAAACACUUCCAGAGAGAGGAGCAGGAGCGCCUGGAGCGCAAGAAGCGGCUUGAGGAGAUCAUGAAGAGAACCAGGAGGACAGAAGGCGCAGAGAAGAAAACCGUUGACCAGAGAAAUGGUGACAUAGCCAAAGGAGCUCUUGCUGGAGGAUCAGAGGAAGCUGUACUUCCGUGUAGGGCAAACUCGCCAGCAAGUGGAGAACCAGCCACUAGCCCACACGUGGUCACCUCGCACCAACCCGAAGUGACUGUGGAGAGUGCUCCGAAUUUGGAAAGACAACCAAAUGAAAAUGGAGUAUCUAUGGAGAAUGAAAAUUUUGAAGAAAGUAUAACCUUACCUAUUGGAUCCAAGCCAUCAAGAUUAGAUGUCAUCAACAGGGAGAACCCAGAAAUUCCUUUGAAUCCAAUUUUGGCCUUCAGUGAGGAAGGGACACUUGGGCCCCUGCCUCAGGUAGAUGGUGUUCAAACACAACAGACCGCAGAAGUUAUAUGAGCACUUGUUCUGAUGCACCAAAGCAGAAAUUGAGUAAGAGUUUCCACGAUUAAUGGAAUCGCUUUCAUGCCACACAGGAGCAUCCCCUCCUCCAGUUUUCUAAAGAUUGCUUGACCAUCAUUUUGGAAUGACUUUUUAAAACCAGCUAACAACAAACAGACUGGAUAGCUUUUCUAAUAAUUUUCGCCAACAGAAAGAAAUAAAUGCUCCUUGUUCUGCAGUACUUUAAAAUGGCUUUUUCCAGUGUGUUCCUUCUUAGCAAAUCGAUAUUUUUCUGCAUUCUUUAAAAGACAAGAGCAUUUGACUCCAAAAUAGGCUGACUAAGCAUGAUUUUUCACAGAGAUAUUUUGUUCUUAGAAGCUUGACAUAUAACAUUGGAAAAAAAAAUCACUUUUACAAUAUAAUACUUGAAAAAUAAGUACCUCUUUUCUCUACAAGUAGAAUGACUAGAGGAGGUGUUUAAGUUAAACCUGUUUGUUUAAAUAUUGUUGCAAAAAGCUCUAUUUGUAGAGGCAAAUUAUAGGCAGACUACCAGGUUCUUGUAAAUGCACCUUGUAUGUGGACAUUCUGUGAACCUAGUGUCGAAUUCUUCUUGCAGCUCCUUUUACAAAAGCAUCCUAACAAGUUUUAAAAUGUGAAGGAAAAAAAAGUUAUUUUUUUGCAAAGCAAGAACCUAAUUUACUCUCCUCGUAUAUAAUGUAUUUGUAAGGUUUUCCCACACAAAUCGAAUGAAUGAAAACAGUGUGACAACACCGCACGCUUGCUUUAUGAGACGCACCCCUUCCAGUGUUGCUGUGACAGAAGGCUGCUGCUGAUACAGGGCUAGUUCUGGCGUUCGGAUGUUGCUGCUGUCCCCAAGGAUGGUGGGAACUUUACUGCCUUACCUGAUCUCAAAUUAUACAGGGGGAGGGAGGGAGAUUUCAUGUUUCUUUAAAUGAAAAAAGAAUUUGGUUUUGCUCGUUUCAGAGCAAUGGGAAUAUGUUGGCGCACUGACCGUGUGGCCCACGGGCAGCACCUUCACGGGCACCCUCGUGCCACGUGGCAGCUGUCAGCUUUUCACUUCUCAUUAUUCUCUUCACUUUUGCUGCUGAGCCUAGCUGUACAAACUUGCACUUUCACUUGCUAAUAUAAAUUCACUUUUAUUUUCCCAUGUAAGAGACAAGUAAUGACUAAAUGCAGAAAGAGAGGGACACUGAGGAAACACGUUUUCAUGUGGAAUGUUAAAAAAAAAAGAUCGGUUUACACCGGUGUAAUGUGUUGGUUUUGUUAAAAGAAAGAUUGGUUCAGCUCCCAGAUCGAUGAGAGCGUAUUCAUCCCUUGGACUGUUUCUUUUCAAUCCAAGCAUACGAUCUUUAGCAACAGCUUGUAAUUUGUCAAAACAUUAACUUGGGUUCUUUUCCUUAUUUUCGGUUGUCUGUGUACACAUAGUCAUUGUAUGAAAAAAUUCUGUUCAACAAAGUUGUUUUAUUUGUUUAAAUCAACCCAGCAUGAAACAUCAAAUAAAAUAUUUGCC